UUUUUAGAAAGAAACAAACAAUCCCCCCACCCCCCAAACCUCAGCCUGUACCAGCGGAAGGAGGAAGUAGUGUUGUCCUGAGGAGUGAUACCCGCCCCUGAGUAGGAACCCACAGGCCCACACACACCUGCACUCGCAGGCACGCACACAGCCCACCAGCACCACCGCUCCCAGGCAGGCCCACGCCGACAGGCCAGGGCCAAUGGCGGAGGCAGACAUGGACCGGGACCCAUUGGAGGGUGGCCCUGAGGAGGAGCAGCAUUUGCUGGUGGAGACCGCUGGACUCACCACCCAGUGGAGCGUGGAGGAUGAAGAGGAAGCCGCAAGGGAACGCCGCAGGAGGGAGCGGGAGAGACAGCUCCGGUCCCAGAGCGAGGAUGGGCCGGGUGGGACCAGCUCCUGCCCCGAGAUGGAGCCCGAGCAGCCGGAGCAGGAGAAGCUCCUUGCCCUGAAGCCCAUGGAGCUGGAGGAGGAUGAGGGCUUCAGCGACUGGUCCCAGAAGAUGGAGCAGAGGAAGCAGAGAUGGGGUCCAGAUGGGAGCCUGGACGGCGGAGAGACCUCGCAAGAAGAAAGCCCAGAGUAUGAGGACCGAGCUGAGGGGUCCUCACAUCGCUCCUAUGAGGAGGAGGAGGAGGAAGAGGACCCUCCCCUGAGCCAAACCCAAGCCAGCCUGAGCCAGCUCUGUGUGGAUCCGGUGCCCUGGCCUGAGGAGGCCGCAAGAGACAUCCCAGAGGAAGAGACAGGCCUUCUGGAGAUGGGAAGCUGCCUGAGGGGGCAGGCAGAGACCGAGGACAGAAAAGUGUUCCUGAAAGCCGCUCAUGUGGAGGAAGAGGAGGAGGAGAGGCAGUCCAAGGCCCCCAGCCCCUCAGGCCUGGAGGCCAGGGAGGAGCAGGACCCGCCGCCCCUCAGCCCCACCACCAAGCUCAUCGACAGGACUGAGUCCCUGAACCGGUCCAUAAAGAAGAGUAACAGCGUGAAGAAGUCACAGCCUGCCCUGCCUGUGUCCAAGAUUGAUGACCGCCUGGAGCAGUACACUCAGGCCAUUGAAACCGCUGGCAAGACCCCGAAGCUGAGCCGGCAGCCAUCUGUGGAGAUGCCCGCCAUGACCGUGGCUAGCUCCAAAAACCUGUGGGAGACUGGAGAGUUUUUGGCUCAGUCUUCAGCCAAGACCCCUCCGUGCAAGGAUAUUGUGGCCGGAGACAUGAGCAAGAGGAGUUUCUGGGAGCACAAGGGAGGGAGUAAGACGUCAUCCACCGUCAAGAGCACCCCCUCUGGAAAGCGGUAUAAGUUUGUGGCCACCGGGCACGGCAAGUAUGAAAAGGUGCUGGUAGAUGAUGCUCCCUGACCAGUCAGCAGCCCGCUGUUCCUCCGCUGAACCUCAGACCCCAGAUGCCUUCAUCCUGGACAGAUGCUGCUUCUACACUGAAGAAGGGGAGCCCCCCCAGUCCCCUUGCCUGUGGCUCUUCUGCUAUAAAAUGUCCCGGGGCCCUCCUGGGGCCCCUCCCCCAGCUCUUCCCCACGGAUCUCUUCCCCACCCUAUUUUUUAAAUCCAUUUUUUACUUGACUGUGGUGUCUCUGUCCCUGUCACUCUCCCUGCUCCUCCCUCUGGCACCUCUGAUUCUGUCUUGUGGCUGGGAAGGGGGCUGAGUGGCAGAGGGCCAGGUCUAAAGUCCUGGACUGCCUUCCUGCCUCUUAGGGGGGUUCUCCUCCCCACUGAAAGGCCAAGGCAGCCAUGGUGUGCCCUCCACGUGCUCAGAAAGUGCCCGUGGGCUCAGCAGCCUCUCUGGCCAACCCAGACAAGGCCCUAGGUUUGAGUAUAAUGAGGGCUCCCUUCCCUGCUUCCUGCUUGCCCCUCCCUGUCCUGAGUCCUGGAUCUCUGGGUAUUUUUUAAGUGCUUAAUAAAGGACCAGAUCUGGGCAGUUA